AAGCCAACGAAGAAGAAUGACGAGAAUGCUAAACUGAGAAUAGAGGGGACGGAGUACUGUUUGAUAAACGUUAAAUUAACGCGGUUACCUCAAGAUAUUACUAUUGAGCAUAGCUGCAUUACAUUCGCUAAACUAUGACAGAGCCUCAGUCAGCGCUGUUACUCCGGAGACAGCUCGCAGAGCUGAACAAAAACCCAGUGGAAGGAUUCUCAGCAGGCCUGAUCGAGGAUAAUGAUCUUUACAGAUGGGAAGUCCUCAUCAUCGGGCCUCCAGACACACUGUAUGAAGGUGGUGUGUUUAAAGCUCAUCUGACAUUUCCCAAAGACUACCCUCUCAGACCACCUAAAAUGAAAUUUAUCACAGAUAUUUGGCACCCUAAUGUCGACAAGAAUGGAGAUGUAUGUAUUUCAAUUUUGCACGAGCCUGGGGAGGACAAAUAUGGCUAUGAGAAACCAGAGGAGCGCUGGCUGCCUAUCCACACAGUGGAAACCAUCAUGAUUAGUGUAAUCUCUAUGCUGGCAGACCCAAAUGGUGACUCACCGGCCAAUGUGGAUGCUGCAAAAGAGUGGAGGGAGGACAGACACGGUGCAUUCAAAAGGAAAGUUGCCCGCUGUGUACGAAAGAGCCAAGAGACUGCGUUUGAGUGAUGUUUAGCAAGGAUCUAGCUUCAUGUUUUCAGGGUCUCCAAUUGAAAAUCAACAUGGCACUGUUUCCUGCACUCUUCCACCCUGUCGUCAGGCUCGUCCUGCUUUAUUUUGGCAGGAACAGACUGGCUACUGUAGGCUGCAAUAGAACAUAACAGUGACAACAAAGGCUGACAGAAAAACGCCAAGCAAGUGCCAACUCAACCCCCCCCCCCCAGAAGAUAAAACAUUUUUCAAGUCUAUGAACUGCUUCAACAUUCAGGAAGAUAUUGUAAAGACAUGUAUAUAGCACAGACUAAACCGGAUAAUAUAUAAACCCCCUUUCCAUCCAUCAAGACACUUAGACCAAAUGAAUAGCGCUGGUUCAGAUAGAUUUAUUUUUGUCCAUUUUCCCUUUCUCGACUCCAGCAUGCACUCGUUUUCUUCACAUUGUUUUAACAAGAGGUCUUAAAUAGAAAGAGAAAUGUGCUGCCGUUGGAGGAAUGUCACCUGUGAAGAGCUUGAGUGAUUCAAGCGAGACAUGAAUGACGUGACUCAAGGUUUUUCGAGGAAUACCGCCAUAUUAGAAUACACAGCUCUUCUUCUCAGAACUCGUGUACCUGAAUGAUUUUGUUUUUCUUUAUUAUUAAGUUAGAAGUCUUAACCAUCCUGCUCAGUUGACUUAAGAAAGGCAACACACCCCUUAAUUUUUUUGUGCAUGCUACAUUUUGUUUAUCUUUUUUCAAAAGUGCCUCCUAAUAAAAUGCUUGGCCACUUCACCCUGCAUUGAACAGUUGUUAAAAAUGUUGAAAAAAGAUGGCAAAAUUGUGUACCACCUAUGUAUGUAUUUAUUUAAUAGCCAGUACACAGGGAAUCUGUAUAAUUAGGGUAUUGGUAACAUUUUGGUGUAGCAAUAACUCCCCUAGUAUGAAGUGUACAAGUUCAGUUUUGAUAUUCUGAUACAAUUUGAGGUCCUCCAAUAUUUUGUUAUUUUAGCAGCCUCUCUUUUCCUUGUCUGUGUUGUCCUCGGUAGGAAUUGUUAUGCAUGCUUUAUUGUACUUUUAUUUGUUGGUUUGAUUUUUGCUGAAUGUUUUUGGGAUUUUCUUUGCGAAUGUUGGAGUGUUUGUGUGUACAGUAUGUGAGCCCAUUAGUUUUGUUGCUUUUUCCCCUGGUCCACAAUCUUCUGUUCACUGAACUAUUGCAGUUUUGCCUAAUGUACAAAGACAAAAUACUGAUGUAUAUUUUUCAUGUUAUGAAACCUGUCACCUGUAGUGAGUUCCUCUAAAAUAUGACUUUUUUUUUUUUUUCAAUAUUUACAUGUCUAUUUAAUUCAGGUGUGUUUUAGAUACAACAUGGAUUACAUAUUACUCAUGGCAAAGACAACAGAAACCUUUAAUGUACACAGUGUUUUCAUUGCACAAAAGACAUACUUUUUUAUAUUGUCUUUUUAACCUGGUCUAUCUUCCAGAAUUUCAAACAAGAUGUCCACUAAAUAUUGCAAAUAUUUAGACAGUAUGAAAAUGUUUCACGAGUUUGUCAGCAAGGUCAUUCUUCAAAUCAUAUAUUUUGGUAUCAUGUUCUUAACAUGAUGGAUUGUGCUAAGAGCAUAUCGUUUUUAGGCACUUUGCUGUUCAAAAGUUUUCAUUUACAGAUUCUUCCUUUAGGGUUAGUCAUUAAAGUAAUCCAAUGUUGCUGAUGACAAACCGAACACCCAAAUGUUUGAGUUAUCAGAGCUACUGUAACAUUAUGGCAGGUUAACUGUAUUCAAAAUAUAUUUUAUUUGCGGUUCACAGACGCCUGUAGGAGUAAAUGGUUUCUCUCGUCCUGUCUUGCCUCUCCAUAAACACAUCACUGUCAA